AUAAAGCUUCUCUCAGUCGAUCGAAUGAUCGCCCGGCUCACUUGUCGGCUCUGAAGCAGGUACUCAUCUCUCAGUCGAUUCUUUUUCGGUUGAUUCACGUCGGAUUUGCUUCGAUUCAUUCCGCGUAAGUCAUGGUUAAACAUAACAAUGUUGUGCCAAGUGGGCACUUCAGAAAGCACUGGCAAAAUUACGUCAAGACCUGGUUUAACCAGCCUGCAAGAAAAGCUAGAAGACGCUUAGCUCGGCAAAAGAAGGCUGUGAAGAUUUUCCCGAGGCCAACAGCAGGUCCACUCCGACCAGUUGUCCAUGGUCAAACCGUGAAGUAUAAUAUGAAGGUCAGGGCUGGGAAGGGAUUUUCUCUUGAAGAACUUAAGGCGGCAGGCAUCCCAAAGAAAUUAGCCCCAACAAUUGGAAUUGCACUUGAUCAUCGACGUAAGAAUCGCUCACUGGAAGGUCUUCAAGCUAAUGUGCAAAGACUAAAGACAUAUAAGGCAAAACUAGUUGUCUUCCCAAGACGCGCACGGAAAUUCAAGGCUGGUGAUUCUACUCCAGAAGAGCUUGCAAAUGCAACUCAAGUCCAAGGAACUUACCUGCCCAUUGUAAGAGAAAAGCCAGCAGUGGAACUUGUGAAGGUCACGGAUCAGAUGAAAUCGUUCAAUGCAUAUGCCAAGCUGCGAGUGGAGCGCAUGAACCAACGUCAUGUUGGCGUGAGGAUGAAGAAGGCCGCUGAGGCUGAGAAGGAAGAGAAGAAGUAGUGAGCCAGUUCGGGGUUAAUUUUCUUGGUGGGUAAUUAACAUUUUAGCCAGAGGGGGAAUUCAAAAUGGAAUGAGUAUCGUUUAGCUUUAUAGUUUCAUGCUUUUUUGGUACCAUCAUGAGCAAGAUGUUCAGACGACCUCGGUUGUGAGAGUUCCAUCUGUGUUUUGACAUUCUUUUUCCCCCUACGUUUUGAUGUUUUUCAGACUUCCCCGAGCAGAUAUUAGAUUGCUUUUGGAAAUGAAAUUUGUGGAAAUUUUCAGUGA